AAGCGCUUCCCGGUUGUAGUGCCAGCGAGGCUCUCCCCGGCUUCGGGCUGCUCCAUUCACUGGAGAUACCUGUACAGAUAAAAAAAAAAAUCUAACGGGACAGUCAAACGAACGGGGUUUUUCUUUUUCUUUAUUUUGAAAGAGGUUAGCGGAUUAAUCAGCCAUUGUUCGCUGGCAGCCAUGGAAACGUACAGCAGCUCUCACAAGAAGCAGAAGCUGAGCAACGCUGCUGAGAACUGGGGAAUGCAACGUGCCACUAAUGUCACCUAUCAAGCUCAUCAUGUUAGCCGAAACAAGCGUGGACAGGUUGUGGGAACCAGAGGAGGGUUCAGAGGCUGCACUGUGUGGCUGAGUGGUUUGUCUGGUGCAGGAAAGACCACAGUGAGCAUGGCUCUGGAGGAGUACCUGGUGUGUCAUGGUAUCCCCUGCUACACACUGGACGGGGACAACAUCCGUCAGGGACUGAACAAGAACCUGGGCUUCAGCCCAGAAGACCGUGAAGAGAACAUAAGGCGCAUUGCUGAGGUGGCUCGGCUUUUUGCUGAUGCUGGCCUGGUCUGCAUAGCCAGCUUUAUCUCUCCCUACAGCAGGGAUCGCCUCAAUGCCAGGAAGAUCCACGAGGCCGCUGGUCUGCCUUUUUUUGAGGUGUUUGUGGACGCUCCACUUGAUGUCUGUGAGCAAAGGGACGUGAAGGGGCUGUACAAGAGAGCCAGAGCAGGAGAGAUACGAGGAUUCACUGGAAUUGACUCAGAGUAUGAGAAGCCAGAGGCUCCAGAGCUGGUGCUGAAGACUGACUCAUGCAGUGUGAACGAGUGCAUACAACAGCUCAUCGACUUGCUUCAGGAGAGGGAUAUAGUUCCUGUUGACGCAUCUUAUGAGGUGAAAGAGCUGUACGUUCAGGAGAAUAAAUUGGACCUUGCGAAGGCUGAUGCAGAGACUCUGCCUGCAGUGCAGAUUGGAAAGGUGGACAUGCAGUGGGUGCAGGUGCUAGCUGAAGGCUGGGCCACUCCUCUCAAUGGCUUCAUGAGAGAGAGAGAGUUUUUGCAGUGUCUUCAUUUUGACUGUCUGCUAGACGGUGGUGUCAUCAACCUGUCAGUGCCUGUGGUGCUGCCGGUGUCUGCUGCAGAUAAAGAGCGUCUGGACGGUGUGACCGCCGUGGCCCUGGUCUACGAGGGCAGGCGAGUGGCCAUCCUCCGCAACCCUGAGUUUUAUGAACACCGCAAAGAGGAGCGAUGUGCUCGGCAGUGGGGCACUACCUGCAAGGACCACCCAUACAUCAAGAUGGUGAUGGAAAGUGGGGACUGGCUGGUUGGGGGAGACCUGCAGGUUCUGGACAAGAUCCGCUGGAAUGACGGACUGGAUCAGUACCGACUGACACCCACAGAGCUCAAGCAGAAGUUUAAAGAAAUGAAUGCAGAUGCCGUAUUCGCCUUCCAGCUCCGCAACCCAGUCCACAACGGCCAUGCUCUUCUGAUGCAGGACACCCACAAGCGUCUCAUCGAGCGGGGGUAUCGACGGCCCGUUCUGCUGCUUCACCCUCUGGGAGGUUGGACCAAGGACGAUGACGUGCCUCUGCCCUGGCGAAUGAAACAGCAUGCCGCCGUCCUGGAGGAGGGCAUCCUGAAUCCAGAGACUACCAUCGUAGCAAUCUUCCCUUCUCCCAUGAUGUACGCCGGGCCAACUGAGGUUCAGUGGCAUUGCAGGGCUCGCAUGGUGGCCGGAGCCAACUUUUACAUCGUGGGUCGUGACCCAGCAGGCAUGCCCCACCCGGACACAGGAAAGGACCUGUACGAGCCAACUCACGGGGCCAAGGUACUCACCAUGGCUCCCGGUCUUAUCACCCUGGAGAUUGUUCCAUUCAAGGUUGCUGCUUACAACAAGGUCAAACGAGCCAUGGACUUCUACGACCCUAAAAACCAUCAAGAUUACGACUUCAUCUCAGGCACACGUAUGAGGAAGAUGGCUCGUGACGGGGAGAAUCCUCCUGACGGCUUCAUGGCGCCGAAGGCCUGGGCUGUGCUGAAAGAAUACUACAAGUCACUGGAGAAGGCCUAAAGGGUCUAAAGGUUGAGUCUGUAAAGCUGAAAAAUGUAAGGAGACACGGUUUGACUGAUGUUUUAAAAAAAGGCAAACGUGGGGACCAGUUAUCUAUCAUGAAAAACAAAAACACACUCUUGCUUGUGUAUGUUUCACUUUUACAAUUAACAGUCAGUCGUGAAAUGUGUUAUUUUUAGUCUUAUGUUCGUGUUUUAACUCUGUGUACUUUAUUUUUACUAAACAAGCUGUAAAAAAAUAUGACAGGUCAAAGGCUAUAGAACAAACAAAAAAAAAGACAUUUAAAACUAGGUUUGUGUUUCUCACAAACUUCAAUACUGUAUAUUCUGAUGAGUUGUCAAAACAAACGUGUGUGGGAAAAAAAGGAUCAGAGCUCAAUGGAAAGUACUGUUGACCAGUACUUAAGGGGGGCGUGAUUGAAUGUUGAAUAUCCGUGAUGUCCAAAUUGAAAAAGGUUCCUGCACCUGCUCUAGUCGAUUUAACUCACAACUGAAACGCAAACAAGCUGCUUUGUACUCUGCGCUGUUUGCGAGUGGCAGUGGUAAUGGCUCAGAAAUUUGGUGUACAAAAGUAUUUGACGGAGGAAAGUUGAGUGCCUUGGUCUUUAGAAAGUGAAUUCACAUGAUGUCUUGUUUGAAUUAGGACACACACACACACACACACACACACACACAGACCUGCCUCUUAUCCCACAAGUCUUAUUGUUACUCUGAAUCGGUCCAGUAGUUCACGUAAUGGUCUGCAAACCAGAUCAGCAUUUAAGGUGUUUUUAUGGAAUGUGCAACCCUAACCUUCCUAACCAUCUAGGAAAACCUUUUAACAUUUAAUUUUUGUCAUUUUUACUCUAUUUAUUCUGACCUAACAUUUCAAUAUUUACUCCUUCUUUUUUUUUUAACUGUAGUUUUGAAGCUUUAAACUGGUUGUCUCUCAACAGUCUUGAUGUUUUGUUAAUGUUUCAUCGUUUUUUUUCCCCCCUCUAAUAUUUUCCAUGUGGCAAUUCAUUUUCAAGAGUAGGCCUGUAUAAUCAGAGGGUUGAUGGUUACCAUCAAGGGAUCAGAUUUGUAAUCUUCCUUGUCCAAUAAACCAUUUUUACCAAAAGAACAA